AUGCUCUGCAGUUGGAGCCCAGCACGGAGCAUGCGCUUGUUGAUCAUGCUUGCCUUCCUCCAUCUUGUCGGGACAGAGCGAAUCGCCGAGGGCAAUCCCGCUCCCCACAGGACUCCCUUCAUUGCUAGGGAAGCACGCGGAUGGCACUUGUCAUUCUGCUCCUUGGAUCUGAAGCAGCACAGGUAUGAAGUGGAUGAUGACCCGCUCAAUUGGAAUCCGAACCUGUCGUUCUUCGGGAAGAAAGAGGCCACCGAUCCCCCGAAGUCCACCGUGCACAUCAAUCCUUGCGCUCUGAUCACGGACUUCAUCACUGCUCGCAGUGCGAAUUUUCAUCUUUUCGAGCCUGAGAAGAAGCCGAAGGAGUUUGUAUUCCCGGCAGGAAAGAAGAAGGAUAAAGAAGAGCCGAUUGAGGUGAUCCGUUGGAGUGAGGUCACUCCGUGGAAAGUUGUUGUUGCGGACUCCCUGGCCACCUGCAUCGAGAAAUGCGUCAUGUACCCACUUGACACUCUGCGAACGAGAAUGCAGAUGGAUCCGUCGAAGAAAGUGUCGCUGCUGAAUCAGGCAAGUAAACGUAGUGAAGCUGGAAAGGAGAAUUCAGUGGAAUUGGAGGAGAAGGAGAAGGAGAAUGAGAAGGAGAAUGAGAAGGAGGAGGAGGAGGAGGUUGAGUCGUUUGAUUUGGGUAGUCACAAAGAAAACCUGGAUGGAGGGGUGGAGGAUGCGGUCCAAGGGAGGGUCAGAGCUCCGCACUCCGCUGCAAACUGCUGGAAGCGUCAUUUCCGGGGUCAAGGGUGGUUCAAGGAGAUGAUUGAGAAGAGGACGGGGAAGGUCGACGAGGGUUCUCCUUUCGCUCCCUUGAUCGCGGCCAUGGCUUCGGAAACUAUCUGCACCAUCUUUGAAGUCCCGCACGAUGUCAUAACGCAACGGAUGCAGCAUGCUGCGCUCCCUUUCACCAGAAGUCUCUCGACGCCAUCACGAGGGUAUGCUUGCUUGAAGUCGAUUCUCUCCCAAGAAGGUUUUCUUGCUCUGUACAAAGGACCGCCUGUUCACAUGGCAGCUGGUAUGACAGCUGGCUUCAUCGCCGCUGCUGUCUGCAACCCCAUCGAUGUAGUGAAGACUAGGAUCCAGUGCGAUCCUCAUCUCAAGGGCCAGAGCAUCAUGAAAGUUGCCAAGGGGAUCGUAGGGCGAGAGGGCCCGCAGGCUCUCUUCAAGGGGCUGGCCAUCGCGCUUCUGUUCGAUUGUCUGGUGUCAGCUGGAGGCGGCAUCCGGUACGAGAUGGUCAUGGGGUUCUCCAAGAAAGCGAAAACAGAAGAUGAGCAGCAGCAACAAAAUUUACAAGAAAACGACAAGAACAAGCAACCGUUGAGACGUUCCUCCGCAAUGGAAUGA